AUGGAAAGUGAAAAACACGCCCUAAUUCCGGUCGUUCAGGAAACUCAAUCCCAACCUCCCUCUGGUCAACCAGUGCUGUCUCAACAACAACAAGCUUCAGCUGGACAGCCCAUUACCGCUGCUCAACCAAUUAUGUACCAGAUGGCGCCCGGUCAGCCAGGACAACCUGCCCAACCGGGUCAGCUGGUUUUUAUCCAGGUUCCUCCUGGUCAACCUGCAACAACGCCACAGGGACAGCCAAUUCAGUAUUACUAUGUCCCGGUUGGUCAGCCUGUGCAAGAGGGGCAGAUGAUGCAACCGGGACAAACGGGGUUUGUUCCGGGUGCUCCUGGUCAGCCUGUGCAACCAGGACAACCAGUUUAUAUUCAGGGGGGCCCUGGUCAGUAUCUGCAGCCUCAACAGCAAGCCGCACAAGGUGGAUGUGAAAUCAAUAUCGAUACUGGGUUUCUCAAAUCACCUCUUUGUUACAUCAAAAUAGCUGAAUUCGUGAGUACUGCUCUUAUAAAUGUUUUCGUAUAAUUGGCAAUUGAUUUCAUUUGGUGUGUGUUACGAAGAAAGAUAAACAGUGCUGCUUUUAGUCUAUUUCGAAUUUAUUUCAUGAUCACUUGGUCACAUUCUAGCUCUUGAUAUAAGGAAAAACAUUUCCAAUCUUUUAUUGCCCCCCAUUUUGACUACUGUGUGGCAUUUCUGCAGCGAAACCGCAUCCGAUAAACUAGGAAAAGUAAACGAAAGAGCUCUGCGCUUCGUGCUUAAAGACAAAAGCAGUUCUUACACGGAAUUACGGAAUUACUUAAGAAACUUCGUGCCGUGUUGUUCUCUCUUAGGUCACUCUUUUAGGAGCAUGGGCAAGUAUCCUGAGGUAUACGGACAUCCUCGCGGCCGAAGACGCAAAAGCCGACUUCUUUAAAGGGAUCAUGAUUUUCAGCUGGAUUAUGGUCAUACUCUAUCUGAUAAUUUACACUCUAAGCUUCCCUAAGAUGUGCAACUGUAGGCGCCUUUCGUUGUUUACUAUAACGGUAAGUUUCCAUCUCCAGUCAUGACAGGUCUGCACUCUAGCAUCCCACGCAGACGUUCAGUUAGGGCUUCUUCACGCGUUACUCCCCAACGUUCGUUGGAGAGGAUUGCGUGACGAGCCAAAAGGACAUGUGCGUGGGAGAGUAGUCUGCACUCAUGAACUAGUGAGUGGGUCAAAGACAUAACAGCGAGUUUGAUUCUUAAUAAAGCAAUAGUUUCAGUUGUAGAGGUCGAUAUUUUACGUUUUUUAAUCUUCUAUUGUACGUUGUGCGUUACGCACUACCCAAGACCAAGCCAGUUGGAGACGCUUUACAGUCGACUGCUCUUCGACUGAUGAUGAUGACGUUGUACGUUGAUCAACUGCUAGAUGUAUAGAAUUUGACUAUAUUGAUUUUGACCUUGGAAUCUAUUUUAUACUUUGCCUUAUGCGACAGUAAAAGUUGGACGCCAGUCUUCUAAAUCAAAUCAAAUUUCCAUUCACCUCCUUCGCAAUUUAGUACCUUGUGCAGACAUAACACUGUUGAUCAAAUAACGAGUAUUAGAAAAAGACGAAAAACUGAGUAACAUUUUAUUAUUUUAUUUCAUUAAUUUGGCUCAACUCUAUUAGUCAUAAAGAGUUACUGGGUAAGGUUUUUGUGAAUGCGGAAUAAUCAAGGUCGACUGAACGAACUCGUUAGGUAAUAAUGUUAAGUUUUCGUGAAGCUUUCACUGUAGGCUCGGGAUAGGCGAAAACAAGCCCUGAAAAUUCGGGAAAGGUCUUCACCGCUCCUAGGACGACCGAACAGAUAAAACCUUUAUAGCGAUGCAAAUGAUUCAUUUAUGCUGCUCUUAGCCAAGGAGAAGACAAAUAAUGAGUACAAUGCAUAAUAAUAAAUGUUGCCGGACGUUAUAAUUUCUACCCUUUUUUUCUUCAAUUCCAAAUCAGUAACUAUUUUCAUUUCAAUGCUUUGCACUGAAGCUUUGUUCACACUCUACCGGAUAUAGCAUUUGCGCCUGGACGAAACCGAUAUCGAAUAGGGCUUCUGUUCACACAUAAGAACGGUGAUUUCGGCGCGAUUUUGUAGCGGAGCGAAGACGCGACACGCCGCGCUGAUCUCAAGUGGAGAGUCACCUAUCGGAUAGGUGUUCAUACUAUACCGGAAAGCUUUUUGAGUCGGCACAAAAAGUUAUCCGCCAUUUUGUGAACAUAGCCUUAUCCUUGCAUUGAAACAAAGGCUUGGGGCAACUCGAUAAUGGCCCAUUGCGCAUGCGCUACCAGUGGAAAGGGAUGUAUUCGUUGAACAACUGAGGGCCAGCGUACAUGACUCCUUUUGUGGACUGAUUUGACGUUUUGUUUUUCAGUCUGUGGUUAAUUACUUCAUCUUGUUCGCCUUGUUAUUGGCCUGCACCGCAAACCUGGUACCUAGAGCUGUGGAUUUGGGAAAAGCUUACAAAUUUUUCACAGAUGAAAGCAAGGGAAGAGUCAUUGCUGUUUACAUCGCUUUGGUAGGAAUUGUUUGUUUGUUUAUUUUUUGUUUUUGCUACCUAAUAACUCGCUAACCAGCGGCGUAGCUACUUGUACGCACAGUACGUACGUUAGCCUCCCACGCAGACGUUCUUAGGGGUUCGUCACGCGUUCCUGCCCCAGGAACGCGUGAGGAACCCUUAAGAACGGCUGCGUAGGAGGCUAUACGCGCGUGCGUGUCUGAAAAAGUCGAUCUUCGCAAAAAAAGUUGAUCUUUGCAGUAUGAUAAAAAUAUAAAGCGAAUGAUCUAAAAAAGCAAAGUUGUAAGGGGUGGGGGGGGGGGGGUGGGUUGGGGUAUUUGGCAAAUGGUGCAUACUUUUGGAAAAAUCUUGGCAACGCGCCCGCUAACGUCAGGUAAAACAUUAACCCGAUGAGUACUGAAGGCCGAUCGAACCACUGCUAUUAGAAUCGAAGGGCCACUUAUCGCAAGCUUAAAACCCGCUUCCUUAAGUUCCUAUUUAGCUAAAAGCCAAAAUUUUUAUUCGAAGAAAGUAACACCACCACUUCCUCAACAGAGGCAAGAUAGAGCUUUUAAGAAGGAAAACAUCCUUCUCGGCAAUCGCCCAAAGAUUUCCCAAUAAAAUUUCAAUGAGAUUUUCUUAACAUCCUUACUUGUCCUUUUGCUUUAUAGGCCUUUGGCUUUAUUUCCUGUAUUUUGUUCGUCGUGGAUAUGGUACUGAAUUAUAGGUUAUUUCAGACACAGAGAGCGCAGGAGCUUCCCGGCCCUGCUUCGCAAGCCGGACCCCCCCAGAGAAGAGUUUGGGAUAUUAACUGGGAAUACCUCAAAUCGCCAGUGUUCUGCGUCAAAUUGGCAGAAUUGGUAAGUCGGUUUUAAUACCUUCAUACAAGGGAGAUAGAUCCAUGCCCAAGAGAUAUAAGAAAUAUGAACAUAAAUAACAAAACAGCAAAGACAAAAGCGACUUGAGAUUUCCCGAUAGAAGAAACGUUGUGCUCUCAUUUGCCUCCACUGAAGGUGACUUUUUGUGCUAUCAAAUGCCAAGAAAUGUAGUUAAGAAAUUGCACUAUAAAUCCUUCAUCUCUCUGAUACACCAUUCUCCAAUAUCCUCCUUCCUAAGUGUUUAAGGCCAAAAUGAUUAAUAAUAAUGUUAAUGACAGUGAUAAUGAUAUCCCAAGAAAUUACUGAGUCAACUCGACACUCCUUCCAUGUGUACGGAUAAUAGAGACCCGUUUCCCUCAUCCAAAAAGAAAAAUUAAGGAAAUCUUGGGUAACUUUCCCUAUCUAGCUUUCCCCCCGUUCUCAACGAAGUGAUUUUAAUCAUAUAAUCCCUUUAUACAUGGGCCCUGAACUUGUCUAAUGAAGGAUCUCCACUAAAAACUCUCGACCAAACUUGUACUCUCAUAUUGACUUUGCUGUGUUUUACAUCUGACAAGGCCUUACUGUUUGGAGCGUGGGUGUGCAUCUUGAAAUAUUUCGACAUGGAUGCUAUAAGACAAGCUGUAGCUGCUUCCUCCAGUGGUAUAUCAUCUUCAACUCUUGAUCUUUCAAAAGAAGAAUUCUUCAGAGGAAUCACUAUUUUCGCCUGGGUAAUGGUCAUCCUCUUGGCUUUGGUAUUUAUAUUCAGUUUUGACAAGAUCAGCAGUCGUUCCUCACCUUGGACCCUGACGGUAAGUGAUCAUGACUACUUACCCCUCCCUCAAUCUCAGCUCCUUUCUCAGCCCUAACCUCCAACGCGGUCAAACGCCUGAGGCGUUUUCCUUUUUAACUUUCAUAAGUAGGUUGAGUAUGAUCGUCCGGGUGAACGUAGUCCUGAGUAGGACUGUUGUUGUUGACAGUGACUGACGUUUCGACAACCUGUGCAGUAGUUAUCUUCCGAGUCAAAGUGACGUGUAUCACGUCAGUUGAUGGUAUUAAACUCUGGUUUUUGACCUGAUUGGUCAAUUAAGUCGCGAUGUUAUUGGUCGUCUGUCAGUUAAGCCGUGAUGUUAUUUAAUAUUGGCUUUGAAGACUGCUCGUACUAUCUUUCCACUGUUCUCAAAAUAUUAAGCCACGUUGCGUUGAAAACGCUUCGCGACCAAGUAAAACAAUACCAGAAAAUGGCGCCGAGGGAAACACCUGUGUCAGUUUCCAAACACUCGGAACUUCUGAAAGAAAAGAAAGUUUAGUAAAUUGACAGCGUAUUUGUAAACUGGAAUCGUAAACUUUCAACACUGAAAGUAGCAACAUUGACUUUGAAGUACUUUGCUUAGCUUUUGUAGAUUAAUUUAGUUUGACCGCGUUGAGCUGUGAAGCCCUAACGCCAAUGAGAAAAAUAAUUCUCCUGUUAACUUCUCAUUCCUCUCCCUGCUUCAAACAUGCGCACUUUAUUCUCAGUUGUGAUUGUCUUAUUCAGGCGCGGAUAAGCGCCAUAGGUGGAAGUUCUAGGGGGACUGGUCAGGGGGCAUGCGCGCUCCUUCGGGAAACUUUUUGGAUUUUAACUUCCAAAGGUCCCCUUUCCUGGUUUCCUGAGUCAUUCAGACAGGAUAUUGGCAAGAUUUCAAUUUGGAAAGUCUUUUUUUUAUUAAAAAUAUAUUUAUUCAUGAAAAAUCUGACCUAUUUUUGUAAAACGAUGGAAACCGGUUGGGUCCGCGCCUGAUUAUUCGUCAUGAUUACCCACAUUUACAAUUAUGCGUCUAUUUUUGAAAACUAUGAUCAGUCUCUAACUUUAGAUUCAUGCAUAUACUCUGUGGAUAGACCAAUGAGAUCGGCGGUUGGCUAAUUCAAUAGUAUAAUCUGAUCCGCAUCCUCUCUUUCUGUAGGGUUUUUUGUUUUACAUUUUCCUGGCCAUCUUGCUGAUUGCUUCCUGUGGAAACCUCGCUCCUCUUGUGGUGGACUUAGCAAAGGACUACAUAUAUGUGUAUCCCGAUGAGAAGAAGCAGUACUAUCUUGCUCUGUUUAUUGGCCUGGUAAGUAACCGGUUAAACGCGAUUAAUACCAUCUUGGCUCUAAAUUAGUAUAUUGACAGCACCUAUCUAAUCAUCAUUUGAGCCCCCUGAUCAAAAGAUUUUUCCACAUUAGCAUUGUCAUUAUCACCGUCAUCAUAAUCAUCAUCAUUAUUUAUAAUUACCAUCAUCAUUAUCUUAAUAGUUCAUAGUUCUUGUUUGUCAUUACUUUUCGUAUGGCUAGAUGGAUGAGCGGGAUACAACUUUACACCUAAUGUUCACCAAAGGUCGGAGUUGUCUAUUUGGUGGUCGAGCCUCGAUGGUUUUAGAUUUUUUCAUAGCUGCACAAAUUUAUAAUUUCAUUACUACUGGCUCCAAGAACAGAAUCUGUUAAGCAUAAGCUGUUAAGAGAUUUUCACAUAUAAAAAUAAGUUGUUUACAAUACAGCAGAGGUCAUAAAAACCUCAUCUUUACAGGUAUCAAGUAAACGUUCCUGUUUGCAGCAACUUAUCAGCGUUAUUGCAGUUCGAGAUGGCGUGAGCUAAUGUGAAGUUCGACAAAAGGGAUUUGAGAUAUCCUGAGAUAUUUUUAUAGCUAAUAUGACUGAAAAAUACGACCAACUCCAAGGGAAAAUUAAUGAAACAUUGUUCGACUCAUCUGAAUAAUAAAUUGUUGAGGUUCUACACCGAUGAAGUUAAUGUUUUGCAAUUUAAAUCCAGAUCUCGCUUUUCAACAGGGUUUGGGCUUCAUCUCCUGGAUAAUAUUCAUCGUGGAUAUUACUCUUCUGUACAAGUUGUACCGUCAACAACGAAUGCAAGAAUUGCCGCUUCAACAGGUGCCAGCAGGCCAAACAGUCGUCCAACCUGGUGUGGUCAUAAUGCCCCCACAGGCACAGGGAGGGCAACAGCCAGCCUUUCAACCGUCUGCACAUCCGGGCCAACAUGUGGUUCAAUAUCCGGAACAACGUCCCCCACCUUUUUACACCCCACACCCUUAA